AUGCCAGGGUCUAAAGAUCAAGUCGAUAGAGGUGAUACCGAGCUAGGCGAUGUUGAGAAGGGUAAAGUUCAGAAGAAGAAAAACCCGAAGCGGGGAGUCGAUAUGAGUGGCGAUGUAUCCACUUUGAAGUCAAUCUCUCCCAAAAGCAGUCCAGGAAACUCGUCAACAAGCAAAGGCGGAGAUCCAUUCACCGUUCAAGUGAAUCAGCAGAGACGGAGUCGCGGACUCUUGGGCAUGACAAUGGGGAAAUCUGCUCUGCUUUGCGGUACCGGAUUGUGCCUUGCUGGAGGAUUGGCAUACUUUGUGAUGGAAUGGUUCGAAAUUCCUGGUCUGAAUGCUCAAAUCGAUCGAUUAGAAGGAGAGGUUGACAAAUUGUCGGCUGAAAAUGAUAGAUUUGGACAAUUGAACAACGAGUUGAACGCAACUGUAACUGUACUCCAAAAUAUUACAGACGAUUUAAAUCAAACUGCAAUCCGAUUGGAAGAUACCAACCAAGAGCUUAGUUCACGAAUCAUCACUUUGGAAGAACAGAACCAGUUCUUUGUUGAACAGAACGAGCAACUCUCGGGUACUAUUGACGACCUGGCGACUAUCGCAACAUAUUUGAAUGACACGGCACUCAGUGGUCUUGACAAUUCCUUGGAGCAGAUAUCGGGGCUGCUGGCGAAUCAAAUUAUUGCAAAUCAAGAGAUUGUUUUGAGAUCCCUUGAAUACACCCUCAUUCAGCGGGUGGAUAACUGGAACUGUGACUACAAUACGGUCUAUUCGGAAAAGCCUUAUGUCGAGGACUAUAAUGCUGUGAUUCCAGAGUCGGACUUUGACCAAAUCAUGGCAUAUCUAGGCAAUCUGGUUCUUGAUGAACUAUGUCUGAGCCUGGACGAUUUCAAGCGGUACCUCGAGCAACCAAUGUAUUCACCCUUGACGAGCAUAAAAUUGGUUUCUGCAAUGAAACUAUAUACAACUGAAGCCCUGGAUUGGUACUUCCCAGAAAGGAAUGAGAGUGGUUUGACGCAUGAGCAGUGGUCUGAGGCUUCUUUCGAAUGCAAGAACCUUGACCCAACCAUUGAGUACAAAUUUUCUUAG